AGAAUCGGGGAUUUCCCUUGUAGUUAUAGGAAAAUACAAUAACAUGAUCAUGAUGGCGACGUGUUUGUGAUCGGUCGGGAUAUAUGUCCGGAUUACUACGGUUCGGGGAUGAUUCCCGGUCAGAUUUUCUGGAGGAUGAGGAUAACGAUGAUAUAGAAGUAAUACCCUCAGAUGACUCCAGUGACCUUGACAGCGAUGAUGAGUAUGAAUCCGAGUCCUUCAUCUCACAUCUUCGUCGACUACGUAGAAGGUCAAGUUAUGCAGAGGUAUUAUCGCGUGCGAACAGGCGGGAAAUGGCUGCAGUACCUAAGGAGACCAGCACAAACCUAUGUAAUGCUGUGCCGCUGUUGGACCUGGCAGCAUCAGCUACAGCCUUACAUCACAGCUUAGAAAGCCUGGAGAAAUGUGACCCUCCCCUGGAUCAGCUGCUGCUGAGGAAAAUAUCACGUUGGUCAUUCCCAUGUGACGAGAAUAAGGUGAAAUGCUGUGCGCGACUAUGCCUAAAGACAGAGGCUGAGUGGAGGAAGGCAGACAGAAAGUGUAUGGACGGUUAUAUCCGGGACAUGACACAAGUUGGGUUGAUGUUGUCAGCUGUUGUUGGAAAGCCAAAUUCCAACAACAUUUCAAAAGUAACGCUGAAGUUUGAAAAACAGACGAUCGUGUCUACAAAAUGUAGUCGUUGUCCGAAAAAACUGUGGUGUUGUCACAUAUUGUCAGUGGCCCUACAUCGUAUCAGGCAUGCAGAAACGGUACCUGUUCAUCCACCUAUGACGGAGAUUUUAUCAGACUUGUCACGUGACCAGUUACAGAAACUUCUACAGUGUGCGAUUGCUGAUGAACCAGAAAGCCUGCUUCCAGUGUUCAGUAACAUAGACAUGGUGCAAGACAGGAAGUCCAUCUUGUUCAACCAGAGUGGAGCCCCAGACCCCACUUUUGGCAUGGACGACGACAUAGACCGGACGUGGGAUUUAUCACUCGACAAACUCGAAGCAGAUAUGAAGGGUUUGAUUCAAAUCUAUGAGUAUCCAAGCAUGUGUGACUUUGUCAAAAAAGCUGCUUCACCAUUCCACCGCAAGUUUUUCCAGAGGGUUCCGGAGCUCAUCAAUAGCGGACAUACUGAACAGGCUGGGAAGGUGUUGAUAAUCAUCGCCAGGUGUUUGUUGGACGCUAUACCAAUGGAAGACGAUGGCAGCAUAUCGGAAGCCUUUACGGAUGUAGAGAGAAUGUUCAGCUGUUUUAUCUCAUCCUACGGGGGAAAAAUCAGGGAGGAUGUCAUUACAUUUGCCGUUGAAAUAAACAAAAAAUGCAAACUUAUGAGACAUUGGGUGGAAUUCAUACAGCCAUCUUCGUGGAGCCGAAUCAGUUCCAUUGGUCUGGACUCCUGUUUACAAGAGCUAAGACGGGGACAGGAGGCCCGGAAGGAAGUACUUGAGGUGUCAAGUCUAGCAGCAUUCUAUCAGCCAGUGUGUGCCAGCCUCAUUCCUGUGACAUCAAAAGCACUUAAUGACCUGCUUUCAGGACUUGAUCAACCACUAGCAUCGAAAUACGAUGAAGCACUACCGGUAAUGCUGCUGCGAUUCGACAAUCUGGUGUUGUACGGCAGUGACCAGUCAAUCGCUGCACAGUACAGACUAGGCGUAGUCAUACUGAAGAAGCUCCUCCUCAUGUCGUCACACCUUUCCAUACUUGGACAUAAGUCUCCUGCGUUUAAAGCAUUACAGCUCCAGAAAGAUGAUGACUUGGGACCUUCUGAAGCCAAAAAAGCAAGACUUGAAGCAGAGGACUCAGCACAGGUUACACUUGAAGCAGAGAACUCAGCACAGGUUACGUUACCAGAGAGGCAGAUGACAUACGCAAUGUUAUACAUAUGUUUCAUCCUGGUGAAGACAAAAUAUUUGAAAAAAAUGAAUCAGGAGGAACCAUCGUUGCAAGUUGUCAUAGACUCCAUGUUUCGUGCUAUAGAACUGGGUCGAUUUCGACCUCUGUCACCUGGUCACAACGAUGAAUCACUAGACUAUGAAGAGUUUUGCUGGUUACAUGAACUUGAGAAUGAACUGAAGCUAUCGUUCAUAUUUGAGUGUGGGCAGAGUCACCAGGUGGAACAGUGCUAUGUGAAUGCUCUGCUGGAGCAGGGAACAUGUUUUUAUGGCAACGACAUGCCUAUUGCAUUGCUUCACAUGUUGGUAAAGGCCCAAAGUGGCUCAGACAAUGAAGAUACUUUUGUUAAGAUCUGUUUGGAGGCAGUGUGUUUUUCCACAGCACCAUUCAAGGGAGAAAAUCCAGAAAUCUUUGCCGAGUUUCACGAAGAACAUUGGUCCGUCAUCCUUUGUACAGCUUACAAAGUGUUCUUCUGUGAAAACUCUCAUGUACAAGCUGAGAAGUUGAUAGAUCAUUUUUCCCACCUCCAAGAUGGCAUUUUUGCAAGGAUUGCAUACGACGCCUUUGAAGCUCAUGUGUUCACUGACCGAUGGGGCAAGGAUGAUCUGGAUGUAUCCUCAUAUCCCAUUCGAUUUGUUCUCUGCCUUGUGAAGCAAAGUUUAAAGCAGGAUUGGGAUUGCUUCAAGUCACAGAUGAAAAACAUUGCCGAUAUGCUGGGUAUGAUAGCCCUGCAAGAGCCUGGAAAGGUGACGUAUCAUUUGCUCGAACAAUGGUCUUCAGUUUCCACCUAUUUCAGUGAAGCAGAAUUGCAAAAAUUUCUGGAUAUUAUGCAAAAAUUUGUGGCAGAUGCACAAACCCCACCACCAGAUGCUCAUUUUCAGCUUGUGUUUGAUCACAUUGAACGAGCAGACAUUAGUCACAAACCAAACAGUUGUUAUGUCCUGCAAAUCCUAAACACAGAAACCCUCAGACAGAAAGCGUUGGAGAAGGUGAAGUGGAAUUACAAGUGCUUCACACCUAAAGCUUUGUUGUGGAUUGCUCAAUCAAGACAUGAAAUGGUAGGACCUCCAAGUCUUUCUGGUUCCAUGUUCUGUCGGAUUGUGUUUCAUCUGUUGCAACAGGCCUUUUACAAGAUCAGAGAACAGAUCAGGAUGAAAGACAUUUUGACGUUUGAGAAGGAUGAGUGUGUUGAGCCCGUGAAAUGGUUUUUUAAAGCAGCAGCAAAUCAAGGAAACGAAAAGUUGGCCAAAGGGAACCAGUUUGAUGUGUUCCUUCGAGAGUUGAGUGAAACAUUUGCUAAUGAGCCCAUGUUCAUUUUACAUUUCUUUGAAACCAUAUCAGUCUCAUCACCACUGCUGAUCAAAGCGACCAAGAAGUUAGGAUGCCGUCUGAUGAUACAGCUGCAAUCCACGUUCACCUCUGAUAUAGAGGCUGCAAACACUGUGUCCGAGUAUGACAUAAUCCUUGACAGAUUAUUGACUGCCCAGCAAUCGUGCCUUCAUAAUGGUAUAUGCAGCAGUUGGAAUAUGUUUUAUUUAAACGUGACAUUGCCAAUCCGACUGCAUCACUGCAGAAAGGAGGACUUCAUUGCUCAUAUGGAUAAGGACUUCGGCAGUCUUUUGCUGGCUUUCUAAGUUUGCUCUUACAGUUUCCUUUCUAUCAACAUAAAACUUUUCAAAAGAAUUCCAACUGAUCUUUAUCCAUCCAACAAUGAAGGAAACAAGUGAACAUGUCUCAGCCACAAAGUGAAAGUCAUAGGAUAAUUUUUGUCUUGCCGCCACGCAGUGGAAGCAAGACUAAUUAUCCGGCGACGGCUGCGGCGCCGUCAACAUUAAGUUUUUGCUUUAAAGUUAUUUUCACUGAAAGUAUAAGUGCUAGAGCAACCAAACAUGGACCAUA